AUGGCUGCUGUAACGGUGCGCAAUGACCGACGAAUCAUUCUCCACCUGGACUAUGACUGCUUCUACGCGUCCGUAUUCGAGGUCGAGCAGCCGGCCCUCAAGUCAUUGCCGCUGGCUGUUCAGCAGAAGCAAAUCGUGGUGACCUGCAACUACGAGGCUCGUCGGCGAGGUCUGCAUAAGCUCCAGUUGAUCAAAGAUGCCAAGCGCAUCUGCCCCGAUGUGGUCAUCGUGCUGGGCGAGGAUCUAACCAAAUUUCGGGACGCGUCCAAGUCGCUCUAUCUCUUUACGCGGAGCCUCAUCUGGGGCGGGCGUGUGGAGCGGCUGGGCUUUGACGAGCUUUUUCUCGACGUCACAGACAUGAUCGAAUACAAUGUGGAGAUCUUGAAUCCGAAUAACCCAACGACAGCAUUCUUCCAUCUAGAUCGCAGCGACCCGACAGUGGGAUUCGCCUUCGAUACCACCCGGUAUCUGGGGGAAACCUAUCCUUCUACAACCACCGACUCGAGCGGGACGCCGGGGAACUUACCCUCGCUGGAUAUGAAGCUGCUAGUGGCGUCUCAUCUACUGGGGUAUUUGCGCGGCCGACUGGAACACGACAAGGGUUUUACAGCUACGGGCGGGGUUUCGACGUCCAAGUUGCUCGCUAAGUUAGUCGGCAGCGUUCACAAACCCAACAGCCAGACGACGCUUCUGCCCCCGUACACUGCCCCCGAUCAUGCCACCGCCAGCAACGUGACUCUAUUUCUGGAUGACCAUGAGAUCCGUCAGAUCCCAGGGAUCGGAUCCCGGCUCGCCCAGAAGCUGCGAACACGUGUGGUCGGGCCGAACGCGGGGGACGAGAAGGAGGAGAACGACCAGAAGCUCACGGUCCGGGACGUCCGUCAAUUCCCUGGCAUGGGUGUGCCUCUGCUUGAGAAAACCCUCGGUGGGCCUGGUGCACCCAAAGGCAUCGGCCUAAAGGUUUGGAAUAUCCUGCACGGGGUGGACAAUACCGACGUGCGAGAGGCGCGCGACCUGCCGACCCAGAUCAGCAUUGAGGACUCAUACGGGCGCGGGCGUCUGGACAGUGUGGAAAGCGUCCGCCGCGAGCUAGUGGUGCUAGCACGGAGUCUGCUUCGGCGCAUGAGGACGGAUCUGCUUGACCGGAUGGACCCGGAUGAGCCGCAGCGCCGAUGGUUGGCUCAUCCGCGCACCGUCCGAUUGUCGACAAGGCCUCGGAAUCUCCCAGAAACCGAUGGGGUGCGGACGUACAAUGCCAACCGCAUCUCCCGGUCGGCGCCGCUACCCAGCUUCAUCUUCCUAGUGGACGAGAGUUUGGAUGCGCUGGCAGAGCGGCUGGUGCAAGAAGUGGUGCUGGGCAUGUUUCGCAAACUCCACCCGGACCGGACAUCGGGGUGGGAUCUGGGAUUGAUCAAUAUCGCGGUGACAAACCUAGUGGAGAGUGCGGGGGACCAGAAACAGAGCAGCGGGCGGGAUAUUGGGAAGAUGUUUCGUCAGCAGGAGGCAGUGCUCCGGGACUGGACAAUACAGGACGACAUGUACACCGAAGCCAAGAAGGAGGGACCCAGCGACGUAGAAACGCAGCAGCCUAAUACUGGGGCUGGUGCAGGGACCGGGUCGAGAGUGGCGGAGGGUAAUGGGGAGUGGCAGGAGGAGGACGAGGACGAGGAGGAAGCGUCAAGACCCUUAACGGUCAUGCUCGAGUGUGCAGAGUGCGGAGCCCUGAUCCCGCAUUUUGCUCGAUUGGCGCAUCAAAUGUACCAUCAGGAAUCUGGAACCACGCGAUAG